UCCCUACCGUGAUCUGUCUCGUUAUUACUCUCAGCGUCCUCCGUAAUUCAACGAGUCUCAGGCUUCUUGAGAGUUCAGAGAGGGAACGCGGCCGUCCACUAGGUUUGACAACGGAGUGUCUUGAGAUUGACGGGGUGUCUUGGAAAUCACGGCGGCAAACGGAUCGGCUCCUCCGCAGCGACGGAGUGAACGGGUCUCAAGAUCUCUCCCCGUAGCUCUGCCCCCGUAGCUCUGCCCCCGUAGCUCUGCCCCCAGUAACUCUGCCCCAAAGCCACCACCAGCAGCAGGAUCGCGAGCAACAGCAAUUGCAGCAGCAGCAGCAGAAGCAGCAGCAGCAGCAGAAGCAGCAGCAGUAGCAGCAGCAGCAGCAGCAGUAGCAGCAGCAGCAGCAGAAGCAGCAGCAGUAGCAGCAGCAGCAGCAGAAGCAGCAGCAGUAGCAGCUACACCACCACCAUCAACAUCAGGCUAUCAGGUAUCACAACAUUCCGCAUUCCGGAUUCCACCAUCACCCAUCCUCUCACCUUCCCCCCGCACAUCGACACACACCCAUCCCCUCUCCAAGGGCAGCAGCACCCCAAUGGCGGGCAACACGCCGGAGCAGCAGGCGGCCUUCUCAUCCUUCGACUUCGCGACCAGCGCGGCAUGGCGCGACUACUACAACAACCUCACCAUCCCGCCCGACAGAGCCAACGACCCCGCCGUCCUCAGCCGUUACAAGCAGAAGUUCUUCCGCCAGUUUGUGGAUCCUGCGUUUCAGAUCGAUCCCUUGCAACCAAACCCUCCCCCCUCCUCCACCAUCCCCCCCACCUCCUCCUCCUACGCCGCCCCUUCCUCUGCUUCCACCGCCCCUCGCCCCUCCGCCUCGGCCCGAGCCUCGGCAGCAGGCUCGGGAGCGGCAGGCACAGGCGCCAGAGCCACUCCUGGUACCGGCGGUGCUGGAAGCAGGGGGGGCAGCACUGGCACGGGUGGUAGCACCACUGGCAGCAGCACGCGCAUGAGCCUGCCCACAUACACCUUCGUGGCGCAUGCGUGGGUGAUCGUCAUGGCCCUCAUCGCCCUCUUCCCCUUCUGCCCGCGCGCCCUGCUCAUCCGCGCCUUCCGCUUCGCCCUCUUCGGGGGCCUCCUCGCCUCCGCCCUCUCCAUCCUCCAGCAGCACGGCCGCCCCGCCGCGCUCUCCCUGGACGCCCUUAAAGCCUGGCUGCAGACGCUCUUAACCGGCCCCCACCUGCUCAACCUCAUGCACUGCUCCGUCUUCCUGCCCUCCCCCUACCCCAUAGCCCUCGCGCUUCUCCCCCUCGCCGCCCGCUCCGUCCUCCCGCUCGCCGCCCACCUACGGCAGCAUUUCAGCCAGGCAGCCCUCUACCGGACCUACCUGGCUAAACCGUGUGACUGGCUGGCGGCUAAUAGGCAGCAGGUGGAGCUGUUUACAGCGAAUACAGAGGUCAUGCUGGGGCCGCUACUCGCGUUCUACCUGCUCACCCCCCAGCGGAGCUUCUUCCAGGUGUUUCUGUACUGGCAGCUGCUCAAGAUGCGCUUCCACGCGCCCGCGUCCGCGUGGUACCACAGGCAGAUCUGGGGCCACCUGGAGACCACUGUCAUGCCGCCCGUGCAGCGGUAUGUGCCCUUCCUGCUCACGCCCAUUGGCUAUGUGAAGGGGUGGUUCAACUCCAUGGGUCGGGCUUGAGGCUAGGUGCAGGGAGCAUGGAGGGGAAAGAGGAGAGGAGGGGAGGAGAGGAGGGGAGGAGGGGCACCUGGAGACCACUGUGCGGCCGCAUUUGCAGCAGCACGUGCCCUUCCUACUCAUGCCCAUUGGGAAGGGAUGGUUCAACUCCAUGGGCCGGGCUUGAGGCUAGGUGCAGGGAGCAUGGAGGGGAAGAGGUGCAGGGAUAGAGGGUCGGGGAGGAGAGGAGGGGAGAUGGGGUAACUGAGAGCGUCCACGGAGCUGCCGCAUGUGCAGCGGUGCUUCUCACUCACGCCUGUUGUAUUUGUCAGGGCUGAUUUGACUUGACUCCCUGGGAGGGGCGUGAGGCAAGGCAGUGCUUUUGAUUUCCCUGGGGUAUGAGGUGAUGGGCUUGCUUGACAGUGGCAGUGUUUGUAUGGGUGAGGGGCGGUGCACCGGUGUUGGCUGGCUGGGAUGUGCCUUGUUCAUUUUCUGGAAAGUUUGAUGCAGUGUUAGUGUGCUAGAACUUGUGCAUGGAUGUGGUGGGUUGCUGUUCCACCCUUAGCCUGGUCCUGAACGUGGGCUUCUUUCCAGGCUCCCCUGCUGCUGCUCAUGGCAUGAAAUCCAUCCACACUGCACGCAUCUCAGUCAUCGCU